GUCACGGCGGCGGGGUACAGCGGGGUGGGGGGUGGGUGGAGGGGUUGGCGCGCGCGCCAGUCGCCUUGUUUACUCGCCGCCGCGCCGCGCUCGAGUGAGGUUGUCUCAGCCCGGAAUUACUACCUCGUGGUCGGCGGUGAUCGCUGUCAGGCGGCGGAACGGGGGAGACGCACGAGCGACUCGUCUGUGUUGUGUCCUGCUCGCGGCUGGAAGUGGAGGUUUCCUUGGUCGUCGUGACCACCCCUCCUCCCCUUUGGAGCGAGCCCGGCAGAGAGAAUGAGCCAUGAGGGCGCCUUUGCGUGCAACGCGCCGGGCUGCGGGCAGCGCUUCGACAACGAGGGUUACCUGGCGAUCCACCAACACAAGCACGAGAUGACGCUGAAGUUCACCGCUCCUCGCAGCGACUCGGUCAUCGUGUCUGAUCAGACGCCCACGCCCACGCGCUUCCUGAAGAACUGCGAGGAGGUGGGGCUCUUCAACGACCUCAACAGCCCCUACGAGCUGGACUUCAAGAAGGAGCAGGAUGAGGAGGAGAAGAAGCAUGCGCUGGACCUUCGGACCGCGCUGCCCGGCGAGGGCCGUCCCCGGGGCGACGAGGAGACGCGCAGGAGCCGUCCCCGCGGGAGCCCCUCGCACUCCGCCGAGAUCGAGCGGGUGAGGCCCUGGAGAAACCCCACCCCCUGCACACCCUUCAUCCAGCAGUGGAUGAACCCCUUCCACUCCUCCGAGUACGAGCGGGUGAGACCACGGAGAGACCCUCCCUCGCACACCACCCCCUGCACACCCUUCAUCCAGCAGUGGAUGAGCCCAGGCCGCUACAUGGGACUCGAUCUGGACUCGUCGUCUGCUGCCACCCCGCUGGCGCGCCCGGCCACCCUCCCGCUGGGCCGCCCCGGUGCCCGCCCCUACUUCCUGACGGGCCACAGCCCCGGCAUGCUGGUGCAGCAGGCGCUGCCCUCACCCACCUCGCCCUCCGUCAUCACGCAGGCGCCCUCCUCACACCGCCACUUGGCGGCCCUGCCCGGACCGCUGCCCCUCUUCCUGCACCUGCCCAACGGACAGACGAUGCCCCUUGGUGCCGUGACCAGCCCCACCAUGCCCAUCCCCACUGCCCUCUCCAUGCCCCUUAGCACGAUCCCCAGUCCCGUGGGGAUGAUCCCCAGUCCCGUCGGGAUGAUCCCCAGUCCCGUGGGGAUGAUCCCGCACAUUCCCGGAAUUCCGGGACCGCACAUGUUCAGCCACGGGCUGCCGCCGCCUCCUCCGACACAACUGCCCUCGCCCUCCGAGUCCCGCAUGCGACUGAAGCAGAUCCUGGCGCAGCAGGCGAGCUCGCUGCACGAGCUGCACGGACUGGGCCUGGGCGGGGGGGGCGGCUGCGGAGGUGGCGCCCGCCCGGUAUCGCGCGACAGUCUCCCCUCCCCCCACGAGCGCCAGCUCAAGGAGGAGAGCUCGUCACGACGCGCCGAGUCGAGGCCCUGGGAGUCGCCUUACCACGAGAUGAACGUCAAAAUGGAGUCUCCGAUCGACGACGGUGGUCACGGUCCCCCCAGCUUCGGUGGCCUCACCAGCGCUAGCAGCGACGGCGGUGGCGGUGGCGGCGGCGGUGGCGGUGGCGGCGGUGGCGUCCGUCGGCGCCGCUCGUCGGUGGAGGACCCGGAGGAGCGCCGGCGGCGGUUCCUGGAGCGCAACCGGGCGGCCGCCACGCGGUGCCGCCUGAAGCGCAAGGCGUGGGUGCACUCGCUCGAGCGCAAGGCCGAGGACCUCGCCGACUCCAACGUGCAGCUGCAGGCGGAGGUGACGCUGCUGCGGAGCGAGGUGGCUCACCUGAAGCAGUUGCUGCUGGCGCACAAGGACUGUCCCAUCACCGCCAUGCAGAUCAAGCAGGGCUACCUGCGUGGCAGCGCUCCCAGCGAUCCGGCAGCCAGCGCCCCCCUUCACGGACGCUCCGCCCCGCCGCCACCGGCACCGCCGGCACCACCGCGCCACCGCGCACCGCCAAGCCCCGACAGCGAUUUCAACGACGGCGCAGCAUCUCCCAUCGCAGCAGCAGCAGCAGCCAGGCCGGCGGCGGCGGCGGCUGGAGCCAGCGGGGGCAGCAGUGGGCAGGGGUCACCGCUGGUCACCCAACAACAGCAGCAGCAGCAGCAUGUCAUCGUUGGUCCUCCUAGGGCACAGCCCGUGAGCAGAUGAGCGAGCGAGAGAGAGCAGUGUGCAGUUGUUAUCGUGGGGUUUUUUAAAAAGUAUAUAUAUAUAUACAUACAGUACAUUUAUAUACGUAUAUAAAUAAUAACGUGUAAUUUUCUUCUUUUUAACGUGGUUAUCAUUUUAUUUUUUCUAUCGUCGGAUGUUCUCCACCGCCUCCUGCGCCCUCCGGCCACGGUGAGAAGGCACCGGUCGAGGCGUCCACAGACGUGCCUGGUUUGUCCCACCGAUCGUUUAGCCGACAACACAGAUGCUGCCCAAAAUGUGCCUGUUAAGUCGUGGCCUGUUACGGGACAUCGCGUUGUGUAGGGAACGUGCAAGCUACCGAACAACAACAACAACAACAAAUUACUUGCGCAAACACCAAGGGCAGAUAAACAAUCGACGGCGCUUUGCGUACAAUUUCAACGGCAGCGGUCAACAAAUCCCGGACAACCGCGUGCGAGCGGACCGCAUUGCAUGGCCUUGCGACGUGGCGGAGCCUGGCUAUGGCUUUGGCAGCGAGAAGAGCGGCAGUGGUGAAUCACACAGUGCUUGGCAUUCUCCCUUGUGCCGUGUAUAUCCCAUAGCUGUCAACCCCUCGUCACAGACCAAUUCAGGCAUUAUCGGUCACCAUGUGCAUUUAUAAAUCUCAACGUUCAUCCUACAAAGUCCCAUCGCAAGGGAGAAACACAAAGAAAUGUACAAUUGUUCAAAAUAUAUUUCCCUGCCCGUAUUGAAACGGCUGUACGCCGUACGGCCACGAAAACUCAAUUUCCCUACACAACCAGCGAUGGGUUGACAGCUGUGAUAUGAUACCGAGGUAGCAGCGUCGCCCGUUGUCACGCACGCCAAAUGUUGACUGCAUGUUCACGGCCACGUGGUUCCACGGACAUUGACACCGGCAGCUCAAGGGACACCCGCUGCACCCUGACCUAGGUUGGCUCGGCCUAGGGUGAGCUACGUGGGCAGUCGCCACGCGUGUUUACGUGCGGUACGCGUUAGGCAUGUUGCGUUAGGCGUGUGCGCUGGGCGUGCGCGUUACAUACGUGUCGAUCGCACGAAGUGCACUACUCGUGUACGCGACGUGCGCGCGUGACGUGCGCGCGUGACGUGCGCGCGUGACGUGUGCACGUUACCCGCGUGUACGUUAGACGUGCGCAGCGCAUGUAAAGUAACAAACGCUUCGUUAGAUUUUUUAAUGUAGGUACAUCUCCCACCAAAUGCUGUCUUCCUAUGCGUAAAAGCGAGAUUUUGAACGAGGGAUGAAUUUUUUGUCGUUGCAAUUUCUGCUCGCUCGUGACGUCACGCACGCACGCACUCACGCGUGCGUGUGUGUGUGUGCGUGUGUGUGUGUGCGUGCGUGGCGGCUGGGGGGUGCGGUGGGUUGGCGGUGUGAGCCCCCCCCCCCACUCCCCUCGCACGAGAGCUCCCCCCCCCCGCCGCCACCACCAAUGCCUUCAGAAUCAGAAUCGGAAUCUUUGUAGAGGCGUGUGUGCACUCGGAGAACAUAAAGAUUGUGUUGGGUUAGCUCGCGUAAUUAUGAAUGUCUCAUUAAACCCGGCCACCACCCGAUACAGCCAAUUAGUAGGAUUUGUCACGUCAACAACACGUGCCAAUAAUGUUCAAGCAAGGUUUGUCACCUGAACAAAACAUGGCGAUAAUGUUUUGUUUGUGUGAUUAAACCUCACUAAUCGGCUGUGCCCGAUGGUGGCGGGGUUCAACGACACAUUUAUAUAUUCACUCGAUCUAACCCCAAACAAAAAAUCAACUUCUUCUGGAUAUUGGUCCUGAAAGCGCGACUUCUACUGCUACUACUACCAUGUGUUAAAGCAACCCCCUGCGGUGGAGGUCUGCAUCCAUAAUCCUCCCUUGUUGCACCUCCUCGGGUCUACCAAAGUACGGAGCGAAAGAAGUUCGGUGCGUGCGUACGUACGUGUGUGCGUACGUACGUGCGUGCGUACGUGCGUGCGUGCGUACGUGCGUGUGUGCAUUAUCACCGCGGCUUUUUCUUUUUAAAUACCGCCGUGCACGAACACUUUUCAUUCGGCUCGCCCUUUCCCCAAACGCGCACCGACUUGUCCGGGAGGUUUCGCCGGGAGCGGACAAUGUCUUGUACAGUACCGACGCACCGGCCGACUUCUCUCCCGUCGCUGAACUCGAAGCGGGAUUCCUCCUCUGCACGGCAAACCCUCCGGUGCCGUGGGGGCAGAGGUCGCAAAUGGGUUUUGAUUCCUUACCCGUACCCGGCCGCACCAGGGUCGCAAACGGGUACCCGUACCCUACCCCCGUACCCGGCCGAGUACGGGUAUCGGGUACCUGAUUGCGACCUCUGGGAUGAAGCCAUGUUGCAGGCGCGGGUGGGUUGAUUCUAGGAACUUGAAUUGUGAGAAGAGACAAGACGUUGGGAAAUGAGUGACAAACGGUUACUCACCAGUGACUCACGGCUUACCCGUACCCGGCCGCACCAGGGUCGCAAACGGGUACCUGUACCCGUACCCGGCCGGGUACGGGUAGCCGGGUAUCGGGUAGGGUACGGGUAUCGGGUACCCGGUUGCGACCUCUGCGUGGGGGGUUGGCAGUGUAAGUCGCGGGUCACUGCGCCGCUGGGCUACGGACCUGCACAAGGAGCAACUUCGCGGUACCUGUAGAAGGCAGUCCAGGAGAGAAGAGAGUAGAUUUCCGACAGGCGGUUCGUGCCACCCAGGGGUCAAACUCUUGCAGCUCCCUCUUGAGCCCGGUGGGGGUUCCCCCCCCGGGGCAUCGCGAGGCAGGCGAUUCCCGUCGUUACAUUUCACCCGUUACAUUUCACCCGUCCAUCCGUCGCCACCGAAUGUUUGCCUGGGCGCGCGGCCCAUGUAGCCCGUGCAUAACACGUGGCGUGCACGCAGGCGUUCGGCGCACAUUGUGGAUGCCCAUGCAAGCAACCGUCCAGGCUGAAACCCGCUUAGCUUCUUGCGGUUGCUUUGGCCGUUUCAUGCCUGCAGGGGGUCACCUCCGCAUGCAUUGCGUUUGUAAGAGUGACUGUUUUUUUAUUCAGUAUAAAUACAUUUAAACGUGUCCUUCGUUAUUCACUGCCACGGGUUUGACUGUCUGCGUGCGUGUGUUUAUUUGGCGGCCGAAA